GCUUCUGCCAAGCUUUCUGGUUGCGUUAGUGGUAUACCCUGCAUCCCGGGGCUCCACUUAACUUCAAGCUCCAAACUUUAUCUUCCCUUCCCGUGCCCAGACCGUUGGAAAUUUCGCCUCCCAAACACAACAACAACCAGCCGAUCGAUCAAUCGUCGCCCAUCAUCGUCGAAGAAACGCGACAAUUCAAAUAAUCCUAGCCAUCUCCGAUAAUCAAAUACCGAUUCUCCCCAUCAAUCCCAUCAAUCAAUUCGAACAAAACAAAAAAACAAAUCAAGUCAACACAUCAAAAAUGGCCAACUUCCUCGCCUCCAUCUUCGGCACCGAACAAGACAAAGUCAACUGCUCCUUCUACUACAAGAUCGGCGCCUGCCGCCACGGCGACCGCUGCAGCAGAAAACACGUCAAGCCCUCGUACUCGCAGACCAUCCUGCUGCCCUCGCUGUACCAGAACCCCGCGCACGACGCCCGCGCCCGCCUGACGCCCGAGCAGUGCGCGAACCACUUCGACGCCUUCUACGAGGACCUGUGGUGCGAGCUGUGCCGGUACGGCGAGCUCGAGGAGCUCGUCGUCUGCGACAACACCAACGACCACCUCGUCGGCAACGUCUACGCCCGCUUCAAGUACGAGGACUCGGCCCAGCGCGCCUGCGACGAGCUCAACUCCCGCUGGUACGCCGGCCGCCCCGUCUACUGCGAGCUCAGCCCCGUCACCGACUUCCGCGAGGCCUGCUGCCGCCUCAACUCGGGCGAGGGCUGCGUCCGCGGCGGCUUCUGCAACUUCAUCCACCGCAAGAACCCCUCCCCCGAGCUCGAGCGCGACCUCACCCUCUCCACCAAGAAGUGGCUCAAGAUGAGGGGCCGCGACGAGAAGAGCGUCAGUCGUAGCCCGAGCCCCGAGCCCACGCGGAAGCGGUAUUAAGUUAAGGGCGGGAUGAUGAUAUUGUAUUAUUACUUACUAGGUUAGGGGGCGUCUCGAGACUGGGAUUCUUAUGAGAGAGAGAGAGCGAAGUUGGUACCCGAUGAAGAUGAGGAAAGGGACAAGGCAGCACGAGCGCGAGCGCGGUCUAUUUAUUAAUACUAGGAGAGGUGAUACAAGACGGAGGCAAAGCAAGCAAGCAAGCAUUUACGAAGCACGCUCGUGCGAGAAAUACGUAGGAUUCGGGAUAGAUACCCUUGGACCGGCUUGUUCUCAAUUACACGUGAAACGGCAUCAUUUGCCUAGCUACGGUUUCCCGAUCCUCGGACGAGUAUGGUACUUAAGGGGAAAUGGGGAGAAGGGCUCAGAUUAAAUAUGUAAAAUACUCGACUCGUUAGCAGGCCGA